CGCAACUGGUGUUUGAUCAUUGUUCUGUGAGACUAGCCAGAAAGAAGGCUUUCCUUUCUUUUUUUACCCCUUUUUCUUUUUGUCUGUUUUUCUUUUGGAGUUGUGAUGGCAAACAGCAAGUACGAGUAUGUGAAGUCAUUCGAGGUUGAAGACGAGGUCAUGCUGCCCAAUUUGAUCGUUGUUCGAAUCGAUGGCCGCGAUUUUCGAAGGUUUUCGGAAGUUCAUGAGUUUGAAAAGCCAGAUGAUGAAAGAGCUUUGAAUUUGAUGAACUCGUGUGCAACUGCCAUUUUGGAGGAGUAUCCUGACAUAGCGUUCUCCUAUGGAUUCAGUGAUGAGUACAGUUUUGUUUUCAAGAAGACAUCCAAGUUCUACCAGCGGCGAGCCAGCAAGCUACUAUCUCUCAUUGUCUCCUUAUUCUCCUCUGUAUAUGUCACCAAAUGGAAAGAAUUCUUCCCUGAGAAGGAGUUGAAAUAUCCCCCAUCAUAUCAUUCGCGUGUAAUCAGUUGUGCAUCAAUAGAAGUUCUUCAAGCAUAUCUUGCAUGGAGACAAAACGAUUGUCAUCUCAAUAACCUGCAUGACACUUGUCUCUGGAUGUUGGUUAAAGGUGGAGAGACUGAAAAUAAAGCACGCGAGUUUUUAAAGGGCACCCAAAAACAACAGAAAAAUGAGUUGCUUUUUCAAAAGUUCCACAUCAAUUACAAGAACCUUCCUGCCAUGUACCGUCAAGGAUCUUGCAUUUUCAAAACAAAGGUGGAAGAAAAUGUCAAGUGCAAUGUGAAUGGUGCACCUGUUAAAAGACUUAGGAGAAAGGCUAGAAUUGUCCAUGCCGAGAAUAUAGCUGGAAGAAGUUUUUGGAAUGAACAUCCAAGUCUUCUGAAGGAGGUGGGUGGUUUUACGGAGGAUGUGGACAAAAUAAAACUGGAGUAUGUUAGGUUCUUCCAAUUUGAGAACAAAUUGAUGCCAUCAACAUGGAUUGUAAUUAGAAUUGAUGGCUGCCAUUUUCACAGAUUUUCUGAAGUUCAUCAAUUUGAGAAGCCGAACGACAAACAAGCUCUGAACCUUAUGAAUUCAUGUGCAGUGGCUGUGUUACAAGAGAUUCCAGAUAUAAUAUUUGCCUAUGGUGUCAGUGACGAGUACAGCUUCGUUUUUAAGAAGGAUUCUCAUUUCUAUCAACGUCAAGCAAGUGAAAUAGUGUCUGUCACUGUAUCAUUCUUCUCUUCCAUGUACAUAAUGAAAUGGAAAGAAUUCUUUCCACUGAAAGAAUUGAAGUACCCUCCUUCUUUUGAUGGACGUGCAGUAUGCUAUCCAUCAGAUGAGAUUCUUCGAGACUAUCUAGCAUGGAGACAAGUUGAUUGCCACAUCAAUAAUCAGUAUAAUACUUGUUUCUGGAUGCUUGUAAACAAGAAAGGAAAAAGCAAAAGUGAAGCUCAAGAUUAUCUGAAGGGGACUCAAGCAAGAGAGAAAAAUGAACUACUUAUCAAGGAAUUCUAUAUUGAGUACAAUGAAUUAGAACCCAUGUUCCGCCAAGGUUCCUUGGCUUUCUGGGAGAAGUUUUGUAUGCAGGAAGACAUAACUUUAGCGGAUGAGAAUGGAUCAUCCCUUGCAAAUUCUCGCAAUAAAGUUACUGUAGAACAUUGCGACAUAAUCAAGCCAAACUUUUGGGAAGCACACUCGAGCAUCCUUGGUGAGAUGGUACCAAAACUUUGAAGUGUUUGGUUCACAGUUUUCUUACCAACACGAAUCUCCUGAAAAAGUUCCCUUGCCAUUAUCUUUUAUUCCCAGUACUUGCGAGGUUGCCAUGCAUCCGCUUUUCUAUGUUCUGGGAAAGUUGGAAGUUGACAAUAUCGCUGAUAGAAACUUCUCAUACGCAGUUGGGCAACGUGAUGAUGUGUGGUUUUAAGUUGUAAGAGCUUGGACGUCUGAGGAGAUGGUACCUGGAUAUAUUUUUACUGAUAGUUUAGACAUCUGUGAUUACCAUCUGGCAUCUGGCUACUCAAUUUUGUAGAUACACUGGUGCAGACUUAUUUAUUUUGAUGGAUUACAACCAUCCAAACUUCAUUAUGUAUUGUGAAGUGCUCACUCUUAACUUCAUUUUUAUUAUGCAAAUCUCAA